UCCCAUCAUCCUGAACAAUUGAAGUUAAACUUUUCCUCUUUGGUCCUCCUCUCCUCCUCCUGUCUCUCCCUCCUGUCAUCUCUGGUGAAACAUCCGUAUAGGAGCUCCAUGAGGCGACGCAACGGGUGAUUAUAUACUUUCUCUGGGAGAUUUUGCUCUUUGGACAUCAUCAUGUGGACGCCGACGGAGGACGAGAAAAUAGGAGUGGUGAUCUGCACCUUCCGUGGCUCAGUGAUUCAGGGUUUGGCUCUGGAGGUGGGAGAGACGGUUCAGAUUCUGGAAAAAUGCGAAGGAUGGUACAGAGGAUUCUCAACGAGGAAGCCAAAUGUCAAGGGAGUUUUCCCAGCCAGCUACAUUCACUUGAAGAAAGCCAUCGUCACCAACAGAGGGCCACAUGAGACUGUGGUGCCUCUCGAAGACCCCAUUGUUACUGAGGUGACGUCAACACUGCAGGAGUGGGCCUUACUAUGGAAGCAGCUCUAUGUGAAACACAAAGUGGAUCUGUUCUACAAGGUCCGCCACGUGAUGAUGGAGCUAAUCGACCUGAGACGGCAGCUCCUGUCUGGUCACCUGACGCAGGACCAGAGCCGAGACGUCAAGAGACACAUCACCGUCAGACUGGACUGGGGCAACGAACACCUGGGUCUGGACUUGGUGCCCAGAAAGGAGUUUGAGAUGGUGGAUGAAGACCAGAUAAGCGUGUCAGAUCUUUAUAAGAUGCAUCUGUCCAGCAGACACAGUGUUCAGCAGAGCACCACACAGGGUGACGGUACUCGUCAGCGACACGGGGAGCCGUGCAGAGUGCCAGUACCUCACCACCUACUGGUCAACCUGAAGAGCUUCACCUACAACAGCAUCGGAGAAGACACCGACAUAUUCUUCUCUCUGUAUGACCUGAGAGAGGGGAAAACUAUCAGUAGAAACAUUUUUACCAUUAACAUAUUUAAAGCUGCAAUAACUGAUUUUUUGUUUUACAACUUGGGGGGCUCCCAGCCUUGUCCAGCCCCAAAUCAGGCCCCGGGUCCCGGUGUCGGGCCUACCGCUUCCUUAGCACUAGCCCCUGUUCCGGGCCAAGCCCAGCCCCCUGCCCCAGGACAGGCUCCUGGCAGCGGGCAAGCCAACUGCUCUCAGGCCUGGAGCUCCAACGCUCUGCGGCCGUCUCCACUGUCACUUUCAUCCUCUCCUCUCCCUCGUCUUCCUCAGGCCGCUCUGUUGAACUCGUUCCCAGCCAUAUUUGAUGAGCUGCUGCAGAUGUUUACGGUGCAGGAAGUGGCAGAGUUUGUGCGCGGCACUCUGGGCAGCAUGCCGUCCACGGUGCACAUCGGACAGUCCAUGGAUGUGGUCAAACUGCAGUCCAUAGCCCGGACGGUGGACAGCAGGCUCUUCUCUUUCCCAGAGUCUCGAAGGAUCCUGCUUCCUGUGGUCCUGCAUCACAUCCAUCUCCAUCUGAGGCAGCAGAAAGAGCUGCUCAUCUGCUCUGGAAUACUCAGCUCCAUAUUCUCUAUCAUCAAGAGCAGCUCAAUGGACACGUCGGUGCAGGAGGAGGUGGAGAUGAUGGUAGAGUCCCUAUUGGACGUCCUCCUGCAGACACUGCUGUCAAUCAUGAGCAAGAGCCAAUCGCAGGAGGCGGUAAGGGGUCAACGCUGUCCGCAGUGCACCGCGGAGAUCACUGGAGAGUAUGUGUCCUGCCUCCUGUCCCUCCUCCGCCAGAUGACAGAUAUCCACUUCCAACGCCUGAUGGAAAACUUUCAGAGCAAGGAGGAGCUCAAGGAGUUCUUGUUGAAGAUUUUGUGCGUGUUUAGAAACCUGAUGAAGCUCAGUAUUUUCCCUCGCGACUGGAACGUCAUGAGGCUUCUCACCAGCAACAUCAUCCUGACCACAGCUCAGUACCUGUCUCCUGCUCUGCACAAGAACUUCACCGAAGCUGAAUUUGACUUCAAGGUGUGGAACUCCUACUUCAGUCUGGCGGUGCUGUACAUCAACCAGCCCAGUUUACAGUUGGAAAACUUGAGUCCUGCUAAAAGGAAGAAGGUCUUAGACAAGUACGGUGACAUGAGGGUGAUGAUGACCUACGAACUGUUCAGCAUGUGGCAGAACCUCGGUGAGAAUAAGAUCCACUUCAUCCCCGGUAUGAUCGGCCCGUUCCUGGGAGUGACGCUGGUUCCUCAGGUGGAGGUACGAAACAUCAUGAUCCCCAUCUUUCACGACAUGAUGGACUGGGAGCAACGCAAGAACGGGAACUUCAAGCAGGUGGAGGCUGAGCUGAUUGACAAGCUGGACAGUUUGGUUUCUGAGGGGAAAGGUGAUGAGAACUACAGAGAACUCUUCGGUUUGCUAACCCAGCUGUUUGGGCCCUACCCCAGUCUGUUGGAGAAGAUCGAGCAGGAGACGUGGAGAGAGACGGGGAUCUCCUUCGUUACCUCCGUCACACGGCUGAUGGAGCGACUGCUGGAUUACCGGGACUGCAUGAAGGGAGAUGAGACGGAGAACAAGAAGAUUGGCUGCACUGUUAACCUCCUGAAUUUCUACAAGUCCGAGAUCAACAAGGAGGAGAUGUACAUCCGCUACAUCCACAAACUGUGUGAUAUGCAUCUACAGGCUGAGAACUACACUGAGGCUGCGUUCACUCUGCUGUUGUACUGGGAGCUGCUGCAUUGGGACGAGCGGCCCCUGAAAGAGUUCCUGCAUUAUCCUGCUCAGACAGAGUGGCAUCGGAAGGAGGGGCUCUGCCGCAAAGUCAUCCACUACUUCAACAAGGGCAAGUGUUGGGAGUUUGGUAUCCCUCUGUGCCGAGAACUGGCCUUCCAGUAUGAAUCACUGUAUGACUACCAGAGUCUCAGCUGGAUACGGAAAAUGGAGGCAGCGUAUUACGACAACAUUAUGGAGCAGCAGCGUCUAGAGCCGGAGUUCUUCAGGGUCGGGUUCUACGGCAGGAAGUUCCCCUUCUUCCUCAGAAACAAAGAGUUUGUCUGUCGCGGCCAUGACUACGAAAGGCUAGAGGCCUUCCAGCAAAGGAUGCUGGGAGAAUUCCCACAGGCCAUUGCAAUGCAGCACCCCAAUCAGCCCGAUGAGGCCAUCCUGCAGUGUGAUGCACAGUACCUCCAGAUCUACGCAGUGACUCCUGUGCCGGACAGCGUCAGCGUCCUCCAGAUGGACCGAGUCCCCGAUCGCAUCAAGAGCUUCUACAGGGUCAACAACGUUCGCCGUUUUCGAUAUGACCGACCCUUCCACAAAGGAACCAAAGACAGAGAUAAUGAGUUCAAGAGUCUUUGGAUCGAGAGGACGACACUGAUCCUCACUCACCCUCUGCCUGGUAUUUCACGCUGGUUUGAAGUGGAUAAGAGAGAGCUGGUGGAGGUGAGUCCGUUGGAGAACGCCAUCUCUGUGGUGGAGAAUAAGAACCAGGAGCUGCGGACUCUGAUCAGCCAGUACCAACACAAGCAGCUGCACGGCAACAUCAACCUGCUCAGCAUGACGCUGAACGGAGUCAUCGAUGCUGCCGUUAACGGAGGCAUCGCCAGAUACCAAGAGGCUUUCUUUGAUAAGGAGUACAUCACCAGCCACCCCGAAGACACAGAGAAGAUCACACAGCUCAAAGACCUGAUGCAGGAGCAGGUCCACGUCCUAGGAGUCGGCCUGGCCGUGCACGAGAAGCUGGUGCACCCAGAAAUGCGUCCCCUGCACAAGAAGCUGAUAGAUCAGUUCCAGAUGAUGAGGAGCAGCCUCUGCCAUGGUUUCUAUGUGACGUUGCAGGGUCUGCCUGGUUUAGAGAAGGCUGGUUCAGGAGCCAACACCCCCAGAGGGAUCCUGGCUUCUCACAGCCCCAUGAGCCCCGAGAGCUUCAAGCUCAUGCACCGGCACAGUCCCAUAGCUGUUUUGACUCCAGUGCGCAACUCCUCCUCCUCUCUCUCCUCUCACAACUCCAGUGAGACAGGGAACGUUGGCAGCCUGCUGAUCCUGGCUGAUGGUAUGGUGGUGGAGCACCCCGAGGACUUCUACCGCAUGCAGGCUAGCCCCUCCUCCUCCAGCCUUAGCUCCACCCACUCGGCGCCCUCUCAGAUGAUAAACUCCGCCCCCUCCACCAUCAGAGUCGGCUCUCCUUCUCUGCCAGACAAAUACAGACACAACAGAGAAAUGCUGAUGCUGCUCCCGCCACACAGAGAGAGACCGAGCAGCGCCAUGUACACCAACAUCACAGAGAACGGACAGCCAACAAACUUCCAGCGAGCGCUGUUCCAUCAGGUGAUUGGUCCGUGUAAACCCUGCAGUGACCCCAACCUCUCUGUAGCUGAGAAAGUCCUCACUACUCCCAGUAGCUGGAGUUUGGACAGUGGUACCAGAGAAGUCCUCCCCUUCCUCUCUGCCCAUGUCGGCAGUGUCAUGGCGCCUCCUGUUCCCCCACGCAACCUGCCUCAUGGGCAACACCUGUUGAUGCACUUUGACGCUUUCCACCACCAGGUCAGCGACCUCCCUCCAGCUCUCCCUGCGCGCUCCUUAAGAAAGUCUCCCCUGCACCCUAUACCUGCCUCGCCCACCAGUCCACAGUCCAUCCUGGAUGGCAGUAACUCCACCUUGUCCGGCAGCGCCAGCUCCGGAGUCUCCUCCCUCAGUGAGAGCAACUUCGGUGGCCCCGCCUCCUCCUCCGACCCCGCGGCCAGCCGCACAGACACCCUGGAGUCCGUCCCCAGCAGCCAGGCCUGGACCACCGACCAGGAGGACCUGGACUCGCCUUACCAGCCCGUCAGGUACAGCGUCUCCGAGCCCGAAGUCCUGGACGAAGUCAAACCCCCCCCCUGCCGCAGCCAAUCCGCCCCAGGAGGCGUCGCCCCGGCCCAGGCAGGGGGCCAAUUCCAGCCCCAGGCUCCGGGUUCAGCCUCCACUGGAGCUCCACAACAACCACAGCAGCAGGAUGGGCUGCCGCACCCCCAACACCACCACUACUACCACCACCACUUCCACCCGCACUACAUCCCCCACCACCCACCUCUGUACCACCUCCACGAGCCUCCAGCCCUGCCCCCCAAACCCUACCUCAGAGAGGGGUGCAUCCCUGAAGAAGACCCCCUGAACACCCAGUCUGCACCAGCUCCUCCUGCUCCCCGGCCCAUGCCUCGCAAGAUCUCCCAGCCCAUCAUCGCAGCAACCAAGGAUGAGCAAGCUAAAGUGGCGUGGGAGCACGGCAUCAGUGAGGAGUAAGACGUCGUCGUAAGACGUUUGUAGAAACUUGUGGAAUUAAAAUAAACAGAAUAUAAACUAUUUUCCGAAGAGAGAAAGAAAGAAGUGAGAGCAAGAGCCAAACUAAAGCCGAGAGAUGAUGAGAGAAACAGAUUCCCCCCCGUCGUUGUGCUCCAAACAACCAAACUAAUCUCACAGCUCAUCCUCAGCAGCUCCGCGUUCAACUCCUGAAAAUGUUUUCCUUUAACCAAAUGAUCUUUUUCAUUGUAUGAGCACAUCAAGCUUGAUUUGUUUGGUUAAAUCAAGAAAUACUAUUUAAUCACUAAAUCCAUCAUGACAAUGUCCAGAUUUCUAAAUUCUGUACUGAUAUUGCACAGACAUGCAUAUAUCAAAUGUUAGGUCUUGAUUUUAUUUUCAUUGAUAACAUUAAUCAAACAUUAUCAUUUAAUAGAUUAAAGAUUUCAGAUAAGAAAAUAAGAAUUAUACCGUGUUUUUACCUCGCUCUGAAGCAGCACUUUAAUAACAAAGCAACAGAGCACCAAAACAUAUAAGAAUUAUAAUCUCCACAUAUUUUUUAUAAAUGCAGAACUGUCAAAAGACAAAGGAAAGGGAUGAUCUCACAGAAAACAAUACAAAAACAAAGAAAUUCUAAUAAUGAAGACACAAGACUUGAGUAAGUUCUUCCACCUGAGUCCUGAAAACCAAUCAAACGACACGCUGAGGCUGUAAAUCCUCCAACAAGCGACAGGCGAAUAGUAUUUAUAUUUUCCAACAGAAACAUCAAAGUAUGUAGAUAAAUGUAAUACAGUAUAUAGAAGUCUAUAGAUAUCAUUUAUAUUUAAUCCUUAUACUUUUGAUUGAAGGUGAGCUGUAGAAAUAUGCAAGAUGAAUGGCUUCCUGAGCCAUCAGUAGCUGCUUGAUGAUACAUGACGUGCACUUGAUUAAAAGGACAGGACGCCUCACACACAAACACUCGCAGGUUGUGAUGUUGGAGCUCCUGAAAAUGUUGCAUCCCACAAAUUCAGGGGUGAAAAAUCAUUUUAUUUAAGCUUGUGAUGUUAAAAAAAAAAAGGCCUUGUUAACCUGCGAGGGAUUUUAUUUUAGCUGAGGAGGCGUUCAAGGGAAGAUGCAUCAGACGGAUGACGUUUAUAGAGAAUAUUAACUAUAAUAAAUAUACACUUUUGCCAUUUUUUUAUGAAAGUAAUGAACUGUAAUGUACAUUUUUUAAUCAGGAAACUGUUUUGUAUGCAUGUUCAUUCAUUGAAGGUGACCGCUCAAACAGAGAGGAUCCACAAAGGUAAAUUACUGGAAGCACUGAUGUCUUUAUAGUUUAGAAUCACCAAUGACGUUAAAUCUACAAGAUUUAAUCUCAGUGAUACGGGAGUAAACGUACUGUGAAGGAUAAUAUGUUUCUAUUUUGUUUGUUUUUUAUUAUUUUAAAGAUGUAAAACUUUUCACUUUAAGCCAGCAGCUCAGAUUAUGUACAUACUGUCUAAUCACUCCUCUCCCUUUUUGUCUGAAAUGAACAAAACUGAACUGUGAACAGCUGUUAGCUCACCUGGUUUAGCUCCUUAACUACCGCACCGUGUUUCUGUCUCAGCCAUUUAACAUGCUCAGUGUGUUCUGCCUGAUGCUGGAUCAUAUUCUCACUCUAACCAGAGAAGUACACGGUGAACUGUAAGAAGAUUUAUGUGCACAGACCUGAAUCGCAAAGUGUCAGAGGGCUUCUUAAACACAGCACAGGCAAGUCAAAGUCCUGAAUUCAUAACUGAAAAGAUGUGAAAAGAAAAGGCUGCUGAUAUUCUCCACUGUGUUUUAUUUAUGGUGCCUUCAAAUGGGGUCGUGUUUACCGUGUUCACGAGAAGAGUCCAUAUGAACGCCCCCCUCUUGUGGU